GCAGUGUAUGGGUACAUGAGUGAACUUUGGACUUAACUAUGGACUACGAUUAUUCAAACCAGCAACAAUCACCAAGACAAUGGUCACAACCAACUACUUCUGGUUUCUCUUCCCCAGCUUCACCUACGCCAGCUUACUAUUAUACUCCAAGCCAACAAUCACCUUCAAGACCGACCAGCAGUAAUUUAACGCUCAAUCUCAGUUCACUCUCAGUAACUUCACCAGCCAAUCUUGGCGUAUCCCCAAUAACACCAGUAUCUCCUUCAAAUUUUAGUCCAGCUCAUCUCAGUCCGCAACCACCUACCUUUCAAUUCAAUUUUGAUUCAACAGAAGACUCCUCCCUCUUACUAGCACAGCGUCGUCCAAGUACAGGUUCUCAUUCUACUUCAUCAAGCGAACUAGCAGUAGAAAAGAGUGUACCACGUAAACGAAGUCUCACAAAUACAGCUCCUCCUCCAACUCAUCAUACACACGCGCACUCUCAUUCUUACGGUGGACACAUACUCCCUCAUCCAAUCAUAACAACAACUGCUUCAUCACCGCCUUCGAUAAGCGAACCUUCUUCACAAGGUCCGCUCACGCCGGCUAGUUCACAGCCUUCGAAUCAGAUCGAUAUCAACGCAACUUAUGAUGAUCCUGACGCCAUAACUCCUUAUUCCAUGGCAGAUCAAGGCGACAGCGACGACGAAGGUGCAAAGUCUAGUACAGCAGGUCCUAGUUUAGGCGUCAUCGGUAAACCAAUGGGCACGAACAACUUUGUCACAAAGCUUUAUCAGUGCGUUCAAUCUUGUAUUUUAUACCUAUCAUUCAACAUCUACAGGAUGAUCAACGAUCCAAAGAGUCAAUCUUUCAUCGCUUGGACUGAACUCGGAACAAGUUUCGUUGUUUCAAACAUAGGCGAAUUCAGCAGAAGCAUCCUCGGCUCUCAUUUCAAGCACAAUAACUUCUCAAGCUUUGUGCGCCAACUGAACAUGUACGGCUUUCACAAAAUCAACAGAACCCCACGCGCUCAACGCACAUCAACAACAUCCCAGACUUGGGAAUUCAGCCACCCAAAAUUCCUCCGCGCACGUCCAGAUCUCUUAGACGCCAUCAAACGUAAAGCUCUCGAGCCUGAUCCUCGUGAACGUGGACGCGUCGAACUCCCCGGCGAAGUCGCUCGUCUCCUAAACGACAUGCGAGAUGAGAACAAGGCCCUCUGGCGUGAGGUCUCACGUCUAGGCGGACGCGUUCCUCCUCACAUCGCAAACACCCUCUCCCAAUCUUCUAGCUCGUCUACGACAGGCCCGAAAUUACAUAUUGGGGGAGAUGAAGAGGAUGAUGAUGGGAGCGAUGAGGGGUUUUCGUUUAAUGUCAUGGGGCCUGGUCUCAGUAUGGGCAUGGGUGGAGGAAGCGAAGCGUGGAUGAAUUGGGCGGGUGCUGAGAUGCGCCGCGAACGACGGAAAGUGGAGAAAUUGACAGGAAUCGUAAGGACGCUGUGUGACGCAAUUGGAUCUGUAUCGCCAACGCUAAUACAUGAGCUCAAUGCCCUAAACGCACCAAGCCCCUCUCCCUCCCCAGUCCCUCCAAGCCCAAUUCCAAGCGAGCACAGCCCCAACAUCUACAUCAUAUCUCCCCCCUCUCCAUUGCCCUCACACUCACACUCACCCUCCCAUUCACACUCGUCCCAUCACAGCCAAAGCCAUGGGCACAGCCAUCACCCCUCAGUCCCAAUGCUCAGCAUCCCCCAAUACGCCCUGCACACAUCAACCCCAUCUCCCACCUCCAGCGAGUUUUCCGCAUUCGGUCGGCACGGACACGGCCGCCAGCCCAGUAUCACCCUGACGCCUACUCCUGAUGUAGACGCGCACGGGAUGCGAGAGGGAGGGAGGGAGAAGAGGCAGAGGAGGACGGGGAGUGUUGUUAGUGUGGGCAGUGUUGGGUCUUCGAUGGGUGGUGGGUCUCCGAUGGUUUCUCCUAUGGCGGGCGGAUCUGUUUCUGGACUUAGUGGCGCUUCGAUGGGUGGAGAAGAAGAUGCUGAAGGGGAGAUGAAUUUGAGUUUUGAUCAGGAUUUGGAUAUGGAUGUCGGGGGGAGCGGUAGUGAGAAGAAGCAACAGCAACAGCGGGCGAGGAGUGAUUCGGCGCCUACCUGGGUUACGAGCCAGAACGCUGGUGCUGGUGCUGGUGCCGGCGGGGGUGUUGGCAUUGGUGGGCUUACCGCGAAUUGGGGACGACCGAGGAGCGGGAGCGGGUUUGGGAGGUAAUUGUUGUGAUUAAUGGGGUUCAUGCCUGGUGUUUGAAUGUCUUUUUUUCUUUUUUUUCUACGUUUUGCUUUGCUUUACUGUUUCUUGUCUCCGUGUUCACGCUUGCGUGUUUUUUUCUCAUGUUUUUGGUUAUAUCCUUGCUAUCUUUCCUUUCCUUUUCUCCCCCCUUCUU